AUGGCGGGAACCGGAGUUUUUAUUGGUGUCGCAGGACUUACCUACGACAAUGGAGUAGCCAGAAGUGUUACAUCGACAGAUUCGGAGUUCAGGUACUACGAGGGCGAGACGGUGACCUUCUCCAUUGGCAGUCUUGUUCUGGGCUCGUGUAUCGGCAGACCGCUUGUUACAAUAUCUGACUUGCUUCCUAUUGACACGCCGACUUUUCAUCCCCGAACAGUCAAUCGAGCGCGGUUACUUUAUAGUCUGGCUCCUGGCCAAGGAUUUGAAAAGCCAGCUGUCAUUGAUCAGAAGGUUGAGGAUGUCGUUGCAAGCUACGUGUCAAAAAAUCACUUGGAUUCUGAUGAUGUGACUAUUCUGGAUGAACCACUCGCUAAGGUCUGCAGCACGCUGCAUCUUCGUCCUAAGACUGUGUCUCUGACCCGCAAUCAUCUACGCCGCGAAGCCGCCGGAUUCAAAGUACUACGGGACCUUGAGAUACCUUCGCCGGACGGAGGUCACAUUCUAGCUGAUGUUUAUCUGCCGCUGAAGCCUGGCAAGAAGUUUCCUGUCCUGGUCAGUUGCACACUUUACGGGCGACGUGUGGCUUGGGGAGGCCCCGAUCUGCACAAUGACCGAGAGAUUGCCAGCUUUGAGCAAGCGGAGGACACCUGGCAUUCGACGCCUGCCGGCACAGACCUACCCCUGCCAAACCUAGGGCCAUGGUCUAAUUUCUACACAGGACAGCGUGGUUUCGAGAAUGUAGGUUCAUUCAACACUUUUAGCUACGUACCAAAUGGCUACGCUAUGGUCAAGAUUGACCCGAAAGGGGUGUCGCAAACUCCUGGCGCCCGGUGGAUACCCGGACAGCUUACACGCGAUUUUCAUGCAGCGGUUGAAUGGUCCGCUGAGCAAACAUGGAGCAAUGGUAGUGUCGCACUCGUAGGAAGCUCCUAUGGUGCAAACACACAGUGGGCAGUGGCUGCCAUGAAGCCGAAAGGUUUGAAGUGCUUUGUCCCAUAUGACACCGACAUCGAUUCCUAUCGCGAAGCUGCUUACAUCGGUGGCAUUCCCGCAACCCGGUAUCUCGAAAACUGGUUCGCUCGAGUUCGCGGGGUUUCCUCCAAGUGGAAUGACCAAUCGAAUAUAGAAUUGGCCAUGCAGGCUAAUCCUGAGUACAAUGCAUUAUGGAAGAUGCUAGAGGCCGAUCCAAAACACUCAAUAGAGAUUCCAUGCUUCUUAGCUGCAUCACAGAUCUUCAUGCUCCACGGACGGGCUGCUUACGAGGCGUGGAUGGUUCGGCGUCCCGAGAACACUCACCUCCAGCUCGUCGAUUCUAACUACUUCUCAUGGCCAAGUCGGGAGGUCGCUUCGAAAAUUCUCCAGUUCCUCAAUCACUAUCUCAAAGGAGAGCACAUACUUCCACCAGAACGAGUGGGCAUCCAGAUGAGGCUUGGUAACCAGGCAUGGAGCUGGCGAAAAGAACGAAAUUGGCCUGUUCCCGGGACACAGUAUACAAAAUGGCAUCUAACUGAAAGCGGCUUGUCAACCCUUCCUCCAUCAGCUGGGUUUGCCGAGACGCGCUUUGGGUACCAGACAAAAGCGACUCCCAUACGGAAGUCAGGGGUAAGCUUUCAGAGCCCACAGUUUAUGGAAGACGUUGAUCUCGCCGGCCAUUUCACCACUGUGUUAAGUGUUUCGUCGACAGCGCCAGAUGCUGACGUCGUUGCCCUAUUAUGGGCAGUCGAUGAGGCGGGACUUGCCGUCUCCUACGGUGCCCAUAGCCUUGAGCCGGAGCCCAUCGCGAAGGGAUUCUUACGUGUUAGUCACCGGAAAUUAGACACGGAGAAAUCGACUCCAUGGCGGCCGGUACAUACUCACACGAAAGAAGAUCUGGCGCAUCUGCGGGGAGCUGACGACGUAGCGGAGAUAGCCAUCGAGAUGUUUCCGGCUGCCUGCCGAGUCCGAAAAGGCUGGGCUUUGCGACUGGAUAUCUGCCCUUCUGAAUAUCAGCCCGACAUACCAGGCUACAAACCGGCUGUCAUGCGGCAAUUCUACGGAGAGUUAUUUGAAGGGGAUGCCACCGAUGGCGUACAUGUGGGGGGCGACCGGAACAAUUACAUCCUUUGCCCUGUUGUGCCACUGAGCGAGUGUUACCCCCAACUGUGCACUAUCUGCACACAUCUUGACCAAUCUACGGGCUAA